UUAAAUUGAAAACCCUAUUGUUAAUUUCCUCUCUUGUUGGGUUAACGAAGAAAGGACCUACGGAAGCAGCUGGAGGUGAGUAGCAGCAGCAAUCGCCGGAAGCCAUGGUGAAGUAUUCGAAGGAACCCGAUAACCCCACCAAAUCUUGCAAAUCCAGGGGUUCAAGUCUCCGAGUUCAUUUCAAGAAUACACGAGAGACAGCACAUGCUCUUAGGAAGAUGCCAUUGGACAAGGCCAAGAGAUAUCUAGAGGAUGUUCUUGCCCACAAACAAGCCAUUCCCUUCACACGCUUUUGUCGUGGGGUUGGUCGUACUGCUCAGGCAAAGAAUCGCCAUUCAAAUGGCCAAGGACGUUGGCCCGUCAAAUCUGCAGGGUUUAUUCUAGAUUUACUCAAAAAUGCUGAGAGCAAUGCUGAGGUUAAAGGCUUGGAUGUGGAUUCACUUUACAUAUCUCACAUCCAAGUAAAUCAAGCACAAAAGCAGAGACGUCGCACGUACCGAGCACAUGGAAGAAUUAACCCCUAUAUGUCUCACCCCUGCCAUAUUGAGUUGGUAUUGUCUGAGAAGGAAGAGUCCGUCAAGAAGGAGCCGGAGACUCAGUUGGCUCCUAGAAAGACAAAGGCGUGAGCAAUGAAUCCUAGAAUGCAGAAGGUGUUAAGUUUUCAUGUCCUUAUAGUCUGUUAUGAAACAAUUCCAGCAGCUGUUUCUCCAGAUAUUUUUGCUGUUUUGCCUAUUCUUACUAUUCCGAAACUUGUGUUGUUUACCUUAAUUUAUAUCUUAGAACGUUGGAAAUUUUGGAUCUCA